UCCUGUAGGGUCACAUUACUCUGAAGGCACCUACCUACCUGCACCUUUUCACUCCUUGAAGGUUUUCUUGGGACACGGCUCAAGAUGCCAGAGCCCACAAAGAAAGAUGAGACACCAAACAGCCAGCCAGAAGAAAGUGUUGCCCCAGACAGUAAUGGUGUCCUGCCCCUUCCUGAGAUUUCCCUGGAGGUUUCUCCACCCCCAGAGGCAGUAGCAGAGGGGCAAGAGCCAGUAGAGACUGAUGGGAAGCAGCCAGAGCCCGCAGAGCCUGAGCCAGUUCAGGCUGUGGUGGCUCCGGAGCCGAAGCCCAGUCCUGCCAAGAACUGCUCAGACCAACCAAAGCCGGUCGAGGUUGGGGUAAAAGAGCAAGCAAAGUCCGCUAACACCACUGACAAGGGAGAAGGCUCUUGCUCUCCCCCACCUCCUGAUGAUGAUGAUGCUGCAGCCACUACCCCAUCCCCAACACCCCGACCAGAAGAGGCCAGUACACUCAAGAAACUCUCAAUUGAGCUGCCUAAUGAUAGCGUCCCUUUGCCAGAAAUGGGGAGAAAAGACUCAGUGUGGUCACUGGGAGAGGGCCAGCCUCCUGAGGAACUGGAAAAGCCGAUUGACACUCCACCACGGUCCACCCUGCUGAUAGAGAGUCCCCAAAGUGCCUCUGUGACUGUGGGUGGAGACAUAACCUUUAUUGCCAAGGUGGAGGCCAAAGAUCUUCUCCGCAAACCAACAGUCAAGUGGUUCAAAGGAAAAUGGAUGGACCUGGCCAGCAAGACGGGGAAGCACUUACAGCUGAAAGAGACAUUUGAUCGCCAGACCAAGAUCCACACAUUUGAGAUGCAUAUCAUCAAAGCCAAAGAAAACUAUGCCGGAAACUACAGGUGUGAAGUCACCUACAAGGACAAGUUUGACAGCUGCUCCUUUGACUUGGAAGUUAAAGAGGCUGAACAAGGCUCACAGAAUAUUGAUAUUCGAUCAGCUUUCAAAAGAAGCAGUGAAGGACAAGAGGAUGCAGGAGAGCUUGACUUUAGUGGUCUCCUUAAACAUAGGGAGCCGAAACAGCAGGACGAUACUCCUGAGAUCGACGUGUGGGAAAUCCUGAGGAACGCAAAACCAGAUGAGUAUGAGAAGAUCGCCUUUAUGUAUGGCAUCACAGACCUGAGGGGUCUGCUGAGGAGGAUGAAGAAGAUCCCAAAAGAGGAGAAGAAAAGCGAAGCAUUUGCAAAGAAACUGGAGCCUGCGUACCAGGUGGAUAAAGGUGGAAAGAUUCGCUUGGUGGUUGAUCUGGCCGACCCCACGGUUGAUCUGAAGUGGUACAAGAACGGGCAGGAAAUCAGACCAUCUCCCAAUCAAAGGAAGUACAUUUUUGAGCAUAAAGGCACACAGAGGAUUAUGGUCAUCAACAACUGCACCCUGAGUGAUGAUGCAGCUUAUUCUGUAGCUGCAGGAGAUGAGAAAUGUUCAACAGAGCUGUUUGUCAAAGAGCUGCCAGUUAAGAUCGUUAAGGAGCUUGAGCCUGUGAAGACCACUGUGAAUGAGAGGAUUGAGCUGGAGUGUGAAGUGUCAGAGGAGGGCGCUCAAGUCAAAUGGAUGAAGAACGGUGUUGAAGUCCCAACAGGGGUUCGCUCCAGAUACAGAGUAAAGAGUGAAGGAACAAAGCACUACUUGGUAAUUGAUGAUGCCUCCAGGGAGGACACUGGGACAUACUCCAUCAUGGCCACUGGUGGCACAUCUGAGGCUCACGUACAGGUUGACUUGAAACCACUGAAAAUAUACCAGGACCUACAGGAUAUCACAGUGCUGCUUGGCCAACCCCUCAAGCUGCACUGUGAGAUUUACCCAGGCAAUGUCCCAGGUCGUUGGUACAGGAAUGGGCAGCUGAUCCAGCCCAGUGACCGCAUCACCAUUAUACAUAGAAACAAGGUCCAUCGUCUUGAAACUGAAGCUAGCUCCCUUCACGAUGCCGGAGAUUACACUUUCGUACCCGAGGGAUAUUCACAGAGCCUGACAGCCAAAAUUCACAUCAUUGACCCACCAAGAGUGCACUUGGACAGCUUGAACUUCCCAGACAACACAGUGACAAUAGUGGCAGGAAACAAACUCCGCCUGGAGAUUCCCAUCAGUGGAGAACCAGCACCCAGGGUGGUGUGGAUGAAGGGAGAAAGGGUAAUUCUCGAGUCCGGCCAUCGUGUCCGAGCUGAAACAUACGGCGACCAGACAAGCCUGACAAUUGACAUCACAGAGCGGGAGGACACCGGUAACUAUAAGAUAGUCCUGCAGAAUGAAGCUGGUGAAGCCACGGCCAGUGUCAAAGUCAAGGUUGUAGACAUCCCUGACCCUCCAGAGGCUCCCUUGGUCCCAGAAGUGGGUGGAGAUUGGUGCUCCAUGACAUGGGAACCACCUAAAUACGAUGGAGGUUCACCAAUAUUAGGCUACUUUAUUGAGAGGAAGAAGAAACAGAGCUCCAGAUGGAUGAGGCUGAACUUUGACUUGAUCAAAGAAACAACAUUCGAACCCAAGAAGAUGAUUGAAGGAGUUCCCUAUGAAGUGCGGGUCUUUGCAGUCAAUGCCAUUGGCGUGUCCAAGCCAAGCGAACCAUCAAAGGCCUUUACUCCCCUUGCUGUGACCAGUGAGCCCACCAUGUUGGUUGUGGACGAUGUCACCGACUCCACAGUGACCGUAAAAUGGCGUCCUCCAGAAACCAUUGGAGCUGCCGGCCUGGACGGAUACUUGGUGGAGUACUGCAUAGAAGGCGCUGAUGAUUGGAUAGUAUCCAACUCAGAGCUGACGGAGAAGACUAAGUACACCAUCACUGGGCUGACUCCAGGGUCUAAAAUCUUAGUUCGAGUUCGAGCCAUCAAUGCUGCUGGUGCCAGCGCUCCACGGACCCUUCAGCACUCCAUCUUGGUCAAAGAAGUUAUUGAACCGCCCAAGAUCCGUGUCCCACGACACUUGAAGCAGACGUACACUCGAAGAGUUGGUGAAGCAGUCAACCUUGUUGUGCCAUUUAUGGGCAAACCAAGGCCAAAGGUUACCUGGGUGAAAGAAGGCAAGCCAAUAGACCCUGCACACGUCAGCAUCCGAAACACAGACUGUGACAGCAUCAUCUUUAUUCGUAAAGCCGAGCGCAGCCACUCUGGAAAGUAUGAGAUGACUGUUCAAGUUGAAAACCAUGUGGACACAGCCAUUAUUGACAUUCAGAUUGUAGACCUACCUGGACCUCCUCAGUGUGUAACCAUUGAAGACGUUUGGGGAGGUAAUGUGGCUCUGGUCUGGACUCCUCCGAGAGACAACGGCAACGCUCCAAUCACAGGAUACACCAUUCAAAAAGCAGACAAAAAGACAAUGGAAUGGUACACAUGCAUCGAACACUACCAUCGCACUUGCAUCACCAUCACAGAGCUGGUGGUUGGGAACGAGUACUUCUUCAGGAUCUUCUCAGAGAACAUGUGCGGCUUAAGUGAAGCUGCCACCCAAACCAAAAAGAGCGCCCUAAUUGUCAAAGAAGGCAUGCAGGUGAAAACGCACGAGUACAAUGACCACGACUUCAAGGAGGCGCCAAAGUUCACACAGCCACUGAUCAACACUUUUGCCAUCGCUGGUUACAACGCUACUCUUAAUUGUAGCGUCCGUGCCAAUCCAAGGCCCAAAGUGAUCUGGAUGAAGAACAAGAUAGCCAUCCUUGACGACCCACGCUACCGCAUGUUCAGCAACCAGGGAGUAUGUACUCUUGAGAUCAGGAAGCCCAGCCCCUACGAUGGCGGCAUGUACACCUGCAAGGCCAUCAACGACCUGGGAGAGGCCCAAGUGGACUGCAAGCUAGAGGUCAAAGUCCAAACUCAAGAAUUGUGAAUGUAUGUUCUCAUAUAAGGAGGCUUCACCUUUUACGAACUCAUGCAACGCGGAGUGCCCCUGCAUCUGAUUGACAAGUACAUGAACGAGCACAAGAUUGUCGAGCAGGAGAAGUAAAAAUAAAAUGGACAGAACACAAUGAGACACUUUAGUUUUGCAGACGUCUGCUGCCACAAGUGACCCUUUUCUCUCACCGACUGAUUGGAGGGAUGGGGGGGAGGGGUGAACUGUCCCAUCGUGUGGCAUGCUGUGUGCAGUUUUGGAGCUAGUUACCAUAGAAAAUACUCACAUUUUUCUCACCCACCUGUGUUUUCAAGACUCUGUUUCAGCUCAGAAGCAUGUCCGCAGUGUUUUGGUUCUCUCUUUAUUGAGUUCAUGCAGUAUGUAAAAACAAUAUAUAAAACAGUGACAUAAACAUACAGUAUUAAUAUGUUGAUUGUUAUUGGGAGUGUCUGUUGAAAGUGAUUUCUGGUUUAUAAAGAAGAGAAAAUGGAACGUAGAAACCUAAAGUUUGAUGUUUGUAAGGUGUGUCAGGACUUAUAAAUGGCAAGAAAAAUGAAACAAGCGCAAAUACAUGUUGGAUUCAUGAAUGUGAAACGCCUCAAAAGAUAAAUCUAAUAAUAACUGGUCAUUUCACCUUUUUUCUGUGUAGGUUACAAGGGAAGGAUGUAGAGGUUUCACCAGCCCAUAUUCUGCAUGACAAAUUAAGCUUUUUGGAUUCAUGUUGGACUUGAAGUUUCAUUAAUGCCCAGUCAUGCGCAUGCCUUUUUAAUUAUCA